GCGGUGCGGACGUUACGCCGCUCCGUGCAAUCUCCGGAUUAUUCUCUCCGGAAGUGCGAUUCCGCGUCCGCGGCCGCGUCUCGAUUUCCGAGCGGUAGUCUCGACGCGUCUCCGCGUCUCGAACGUCCGGGAAACGUAUCGAGCGUUCCCUCGGCGAGGCCGGACGGCAAUCUAGGCCCGCUCCGCUGCUGCGACGUUCCGAAGCUAUCCGACGUUCGAUCCGUUCUCGUUUCGCGGUUGCGGGACAUCGCGUAUCCAUCCGUACCCGAGAGUGUUAGAACCGGGAGUGCCUCCGCAUCCGCCCGGGACGCGGAUGUGUUCUCUGGAGAAGAGAAAUUCCGCUCGGCGAAGCGCGCGACUUUAAGCUACGCCCGGCCGGCGCGUAUUAAAGGGAGAUAUGCCCGAAGCGCCGACGGCGAUCGACUGACAGUUGCCGCGGCGGACGCCCGCUCGAAGCGAAUCGAAGCCGCGAGUGACAACGACGGUUCGCCCGGGUCGUCGGGCGAGGAGAUGCGACAUCGCCCGGGAAUACGAAUCCGAGAUCGUGACGCGACGAGCACCGCUCUCUCGCCCCGAGACGUUGCUCGGCGCGAGAUGUAGCUUGCCGCGAAGGGGCUCCGUUCCUUCCGCCAAGGGAAGGCGGCGAUCUCUCCUCGUCUCUCGCGCUUGUUUGUUCCGUCGAGGUGCUGCUCGUUAUUCCUACCCCGAAGACAAGUGACAGUUCCGUCGCGGAGUUUUCUUUCUGCCGCCGACGCCUCCCCCGGGAACAGAGACGUCGGGGAAGAGGCGUUGAUGCGGACGGCGAUGUGCCAGUGCGUAGGAUACUAGGGGCAGAGGGACCCCGCUUCCUUGGUCGCGCCGAGAUGACGGAACGUUGUCCGCCGGACGCGUCCGACUAGUCGUCACAGUGGAGUUCUGCUUAAUCGCAGCCUCGGGAGGGGGUGGUUCGAUGUUGGUCCCUCCCGUGGCCCAAGGUGGGACCGGCGAUCGUCCCGUGGGGGACACGGUGGCACGGGCGCAGCAGACGACAACUGGCACCGCCGCCGCUACGACCCUAUGGCCUUUAGCACCUGCGCAGCCCAAUCAGGUUCCCAAUCAACAGGCCCAGGGUAUACCACCCCUGGCCGCUACGCCUGCGCCCGCUCACAGUCAAGGUGCGAACCGCUACGGACUGUACUCGUUAUUCCCAGGGGGUGGCGGGGGCAGUUACGUCGCCGCUACUCCUGCCACCCCCGGGCAACCGACGCCGGCACGGGCUUAUCACGCGACGACGCACAAGGAAAGGACAAUUUCAGAGAGCGUGUUUUCCGCGGCGGUCGGGGUCGGGGUGGGUGGCUACACCUGGGGCGCUCCCACGCCCCCGCCGGGAUCGCCCUACAGCCCCGUGCCCGUGACGCAGCUGGAGCUACUGGCGAAAAACUUGGCGAACCUGGCGCCCGCGGCCGCGGCCGCGGCCGCGGGCCAGCAGGCCCUGAGUCUACAGGGUGUCGGCGUUAACGUGGCCGGCAGCCUCCAUCACGCCCAGCAUACGCAGCACACCCAGCACACCCUCAACCUCACCGGGCUUCACCACCUGCAUCACGGCGGCCUUCAUCAGAACGCGUUCUCGCCCCAGCUGUCCCUGGUGACCGGCGGCGCGCCGACGCUGACCAUCAACAGCUUCUCGUCGCCGAACUCGGCCAACGGCGUCGCGUCGACGACGGGCGUUCUUUUGCAGGAGUACCAACCGCCGAUAGGUGCGACGGCGGCGGCGACGGGAUGCAACGUCACCGUCAACUCGGCCAACUCGUCGUGCCUGACCAACACCAGCAGCACGACCAGCGGCAUGCUGGUUCACGGUGCUGCUACUGGUGUUGGUCAUGCCGUUCAGGCCGCCGCCGUUCAAGCGACCACGAAGAAACGGGAGGCCUUUCUACCCAGUCAAGGCCAACCGGUGAAGCUGGAGAACAAAUCGACCAGGAUGUCAGCCUCGUGCCACUGCAGAAACAGCAACGGCAAGACGAAAGUGGUGCAUUCCGACGUGGGAUGCAGCAGGACGCUACCUGUCGCCUCGUCUUGGAACGGGCAGGACGGUAACGCGGGUGCCAACAGUAACGGUGCCAGCCUGACGGUCAAGAGGGAACCCCUGGCUUCGGUGCCGUGCCAAGUCGCCGAGGUUUCCACGUCUCUACACGCCACCACCACCUCCGUCAAGAUCGAGCCCGUUCCACCCAAGUCCGAGAACGGAAUAGCGGUCUCGAACGCGGCUGCCGGGGGCAUACCGGUCGGCAUCGCUGUGGCGAGACAGCGGUUGCAACAUCAGGAGACUUCGACGUCUAUGCGCAACGUGUCCCUAAGUCAUCACACGUCGCAUCACGCCACGAGCUAUCAUCAUUUCCAGCCGGACGGUCUGGGCUCCAGCACGGCCAUGGCGGUAGGCGGCACCACCCUGGUGCACUGCGGAGGGCCUGGAGGGGAGGAUCGUGCGGCCCACCUGGCUGCCAUUCCCUCCGGGGCGCUCGCGCCCUCGCUGAGCCUGAAUUCCAGUCUGAAUUCCAGCCUGAAUUCCACCCUGGGCAACAUCGGCGGCGCACCCGCGGCCGACACGGCCGCUACGUGGCCGCCCACGCUCUGGCAGUAUCCGGCUGCAGCGGCCGCAGCGAUGCCAACGGAGCCGGUCGGCUUCCCACAAAUGGGCUCCGGGUUGCAGGGCGGUUUGCAGCUGGUCCGCGAUCCAUCCGGACACGUUAUUCUUAUUCAUGCUGCGGAACAAAUGCAGCAGGCCGUGGUGUGGCCGAAUUACUCCAAUCACAACAGUAACGUCGCGCCGCCGCCGCUCCUGCUGCCGCCCCCGCCCCCCUCGAUACAGCUCCUGAGCGAUAUCGGCGGCGCGCGGCUGGUGUUGACCGAAAGCAAGAGGAAGCAACAAAGCGCGCUACCGAUCGUCAAGAUCGAGGCGGAAUGCAGCAACAGUCCGACCACCAUAAUCACGUCGUCCACCGAGUCGUCCAAGACCGCACUGCAGACUAUGACUUCCGUAACCGGCGCCCUGGUGCCGGACGCGGCCCUGGUCACCACGUUGCACUACUAUCCACCGGCGCCGGCGCUGGUGCAGAUCAGCCAGGCGGAGCCUGCCACGCACUGCAGAUCGCAGGCCACGUCGCCGGUCUCGUACCUGACGCCACCUCCGGAAGUACCGGCAACUAUUCGUGCGCUCGAGCCGUCGUCGUUUAGUGUCCAGGAUGCCUCGAAUCAGACCGACGCGCCCGAGGAUACCGAGGAGCAGAAGCAGGAACCGCUCGUGAAGCAGGAACAGAAUCCGAGUCCUUGCCAGGCCGCGUCCCAGUUGAAUCCGGGGAAUUUCGAGAUCGCGGCACCGCCACCGCCAACGGAGAGGAUCUGCAACGUUGUCAGGAUCACGACGACCACGACUACGGUGAAUCCGACCGUCUGCGGCAUCGUCGCCAAGGUGGACAAGGCUGAGAACACGAUCAUCAACAUGGCCGAUUGCGCCAAAUAUUCAACAAAGGACGGUAAAGCGAUCGUCAAGGCGAUCGAGCACGACACUCGGACGGACGAGGAGAUCUGCAGCAAGGACGACAAGACACCAAUCUGCGGUAGCAGGGGCAGCAGGAUCGGUGCUAGGAUCAUUGAGAUUACCGAAGAGAACUGCGACAGCUUUCACGAGAAUUUGGAGUUCUUUGCGAGGAGAAGAGAUAUCAGCGUGGAUCAGCGCGAUUGUCGCGAUAGUUAUCCCAAUGACGAAGAGGAUGUUGCACAAGAGCCCAAGGUUGAUGAAAAGAUGAAGAUCGAGUCGAAAAUUAUUGAUGCUGCGGAAAACGUUAAAGUUCAUCGUCAAACGUGUACCAAGACAUCAGAGCCGCCAAUCUUCAACGGAUCCAAGGCAAACACCGCCGACUCCACAGAGUCGUCGAAAAUCAAUUGCGAGAGUUGCGACAAAAGUGUCACAAGAGACAUCUCGAGCGGUGAAGCAUGGCCUCAGAUCACAGUAAAGUCCUUCGACAUGCCCAAUAUCGAUUGCGACGAUCAGGAGAUCACGCAACAGGUGGUUGUUAAGCAAGAGGCCGACGAGAGCGGCUACGAGGUGUGUUACGAGUCAUCUCGGUGCGAGCCGACGUCCACCAGCGAGAAAGUCAGAUUGCCUAGCUGCGAGAAAUUAUCACCGGAGACGACAAAGAGGCACACGGUGGAAAAAUCGCAUCAUCCAGGUAUCGAGAAUGUGGUGGAGAAGUUGAAGAAGAACGCGGCGGCGCUGCAGGAAGCUGCGGCGUUACCUGCCGCGCAAAAGUUCGACGAAUCCAAUGAGAAAUCAAACAUGGAGAGUGUGAAAUCGCGCAGAUAUUCCGAGACGAUCCCAAAGAAACUGCAUUUCUUGAGAUCGAGCCAAAACUUCCUGGAGAGUGGCGUCGAUGUCGAGGUCUCCUCCUCGUCGCAGUCUAUGACGUUGGAGCGACAAAUCGUCCAAGAUCAAUCGGAACAGUAUCCGUCAUUGAUAAAGGACGAUAAACACUUGAAUGAUGGCAGCAGAUCGUGCAAUAUAUCCGGCGAGACAUGUUUGCUUGGCGACAACAACAACGACAGCAGGAGCAAUAACAACAACAUCAAGACACUCGAAGACGACAAGAAGCUGCUCACUAAGCGCGAGAGGAACCUCGUCUCCGAAGUCACCGCCUAUGUCAAACCCAAGACCAUUUGGCGCGAGGUGCGGCCAAUCGAAAAGCCGCAGACAGCCUGCAAAUCCGAGGACGCGUCCUCGGAGAUGAAAUCCAAAAUCCAAAGCCAACAAAAACCGGCUAUUGACGUGAGCGGUCUCCAGUUAUUAUCAAACAGCAUCGAACAAUUAGAGCAACGAGUCGGUCAACUGAAACAAUUGCAACCAAAUUCGGAACCGGUCGAAAAGUCGCCUGUUAGAGAGAACAAUAAUAAUAACGUCGGCUCUCUCAACUUGCUCUGCGCAUUAGCCGAGCAGAUUAUGGAAGUGGACGACAAAGCAUCCCGGAAAUUAAAUUUGGAAAGUUCGGAGGAGAUUUCGCAAGCCGGUAGGCUAUUGUUGAAUCUCGGCAGAGGUCCAGAUUAUCCCGAGCAAGACGGAAGCAAGAGAAAGCAUGCCGAGAUCGAUGAUUCGCAUCAUUCCAAACGAUCCAAACUUGAUGAUUGCAAAGAGCAAACUAAUAAGAAUGCAUCGUCACCGACUCAAUACGACGAAAUUGUUGAGGAUAAGACGAUAAGGCAGCAGGAAAAAAAUCAUCGAAAGAGAUCGAAAGAUUUAAUUAGUAACGACGUCGUCAAAGAUAGGACUACGGAAAUUUUGAACACACAGGAAGUAACUCUUCCAAAAUCAAGGGAGAACAUCAAGUGUGGUGCUUCUUUAUCAAAAGACAAUAUGAUGGAAGUCACAGGAAGGCAGCAAGAAGGAGUUCCUCUGAAAUUGAAGGACAUUAAACGUAUUCUUGAUUUUGAGAAGGAAAUUAAUAGCACAAAUAAAAUUGUCACCAGUUUGAAAGAUCAGUCUCUCGAUAGGGAUUGUUACUCCAAUCAAUCUGACGCAAAGUGUAUUAAAAAUCUCCAAGUUUCCUCAAAUGAAAUAUCUGUCAAUUCACAAAAUAAUGGUGUCCAUAAUGAUAAGAUUGGCAAAGAAGAUGAUUUUUCAGAGCCGGAAAACGAAGUGUUUGAGUCAAAAAUUCUUCCUGAUCAGCCAGCGAGUUAUGAGAUUGAAAAUCGAAAAGCGUCCAUCGAAGAGAGAGACACCCAUGAUUAUAAAAACAUACGGACUAAGUUAGAGGCAAAGAAGUUCAUAGCCAAAAAAGGGAAUUGCGAGAACGAUGACGAUGACUGGCCAAAUAUGAAUGCUACCGAGCUAGACAUGAGAGUCAGAAUGGCUGACAUCCAGAGACAGUACAGGGAGACGCAAAGAGAGCUUUCCAAGCUGAUCCCCAAGAAAGACGACAAGAAGAACUUUGGCAGGCCGCGGAAGAAGAGUCACUCCUCGACCAGUUCCGAGCACGGAAUAUUGUCGUCACCGCCACCCGCGAUGGAUCCCAUGAACUCUCCAUUGCAAAAAUCGCCGUCAAGGUCAUCGGAAUUGCCGGACGGCGCACCUCCGCCAUUAGCUUCAGCCGUUCUGGCCAUGCCGAGAUGUAACGUGAAUCUUGUUAAACUCGACGAGCCUAGAAGCCACAUAAAGCUUCUAGAUAACAUACCCAGCAUCCCGAUAUCAGUACCGCCAGUAACAUCGCCGGUUCCUAGUUCUAGCAAAGUAAUACCGGAAGAUGACGAGAAAAGUACAGGAACGCUGGGCUACGAUACAUCAUCACCAGCGCCGACUGUCAUGAGUUUGAGUUCUGCUUCCAAAAAGAGAAAAGUAGGACGACCGAGGAAACUCACGUGCACCUCGGGUAGCGUCAGGCACUUGACGGAGACAAUUGUCGCCAAGAAACCCAAGAGCAAGAGUUCUCUAGUGGGUUACGUGCUAUCUUCAAAGAGCAGACAUCUACAAACCAAACAAUGCAUAAACAACAGAACCGGCUAUACACCAUUGCCAUUUAAAUCCGGAGUGCCUCUUCCAAAGGCACCAUCCAAGAUACAGAAAAUCAUGAAAGCGAAGGCAAAGCCGGCGAAGCAGACUCCGUUACAUAACAAAAAUGUGAUUAGUUCUAUUAUCGCUGAAAAAGCGAAACUGAGCCAAGAAUUGAAGCUUGAGAAGCAUGGCGGUAAAGUAAAACCAAAGCUGAAAGCACAGGUAAAGGUAAAAAAUUGGGAGGACGACGAAAACGAUACGAUACCAUCUGAGAACGUCCCACCUCAGGAACCUAUCGUUCAAAAACUCGUCAAGGAAACGCCGGUAGAGAUGCCAGUGGAGCAACUAUCGGAGAAAGAGCCGGAAAGAUCGCGGCACGACAAGUCAAAGAAGAAGAAGCGAAAGUCCAGUUCUUCGCAGUCGCCGAGCCACGACCGAAAGGAAUCCAAACGGCGCAGAUCCUUGGAGUGUAAGCAGUGCGCUGCCGCCGCCGUCGCGAGGACCAGCGAAACUAUCGUCAACCGAUGCAAGCUGACGUCCGCUCAUCUAAUGAUCGAUCAGCUGCGCGUCCUCAUGGCGAUCGGUGGCCUCUUCUACGCGGGCAGACUCAGCCCCGUGCAGGCUCCCGAUGUUUACGCUAUCACGCUGGACGGCGAACGCGGCAACAAACCGCACAUUUACUCCCGAGAAGAGAUCCUGAGAGAUGCGAUUGUGGAAGUGUGUCCGACUUCGACAAAAGAGCUACCGCCCGGCACAAGAUUGUGCGCGUAUUGGAGUCAACAGUAUAGAUGUUUGUAUCCGGGGACCUCCGUCGAGCCUAUCGAACCUGAUCCUGUGCACGAUGAGAAAUAUGUUACGGUGGAAUUCGAUGACGGAGACAGUGGUAGUAUUAUCUUGGACGAUAUCAGAUUGUUGCAGCCUAAUUACCCUCUUGUAGAAUAUGAUCCGAAUCCCCUUCUCUCAUUGGGCAAACAACGACGCAGACAAAUGUCCUCUUCGGAGGAGAAGCGUUCCGCGAGCAAUCAAGCCGUUCCGACAAACGGAGUAGCCGACAACAAUAGUUUUGCAGUGUGUUCCAACGUAAGAGAAUCCACAGUGGACACCAGCGAAUGUGCUAACGAAGCGGAGAUCGAAACAAACAUUGAAACGAGUAGUACAAGUGGCACAGAGUACCGUAGGAGAAAGCACAUGAAGAAAAUAAAAAAGAAAAGGCUACUCGAGACUCAGGAAGGGAAGAAGAAGCAUAGGAAACACAGGUCUCGCAAGGAACAUCGUAGGCAUAAACAUAGAAAACAUCGGAAGCAUAAGCAUAGACAUCAUAGCGGCUUUGGUGACACGAGCAGCGUAAGCAAUUGGGAAAACAGUCAGGAGCAGAGAAACGAAGAGGAAACAAUCACAGACUUACCGAGUACAAAUUUUCCCGCUGCCGAGGAGACAAGGAUAUCCGAGGAAGAUGAUGAGACCGAAGGCUCGUUAUUAACCAUUCAGGAAGACGAUGAGACUCAAGUAGAGCCUGAAGAACCACCAGAAUCAGUCCAAAAGAAUGAUGUGAUUUCCGAAGUGAUAUCCGAAGAGCCGUCAGAACCGAUCGUUCAGCAGACUCAAACAGAGGCCGAGGAGCCGUCGGAAUCAGUUCCAGUGUACGAGGAGGCUCAGAUGGACUUUGAAGAAUCGGUGGAAGACGUUCAGGCCAACGACGAACAACCCGAAGAACCGCCAGAAGAACCACCCCGGAAGAAAAUGCGGCCAAAGGCUGCUUCGACGAAUCGCACCUCGAUACGCGGCACCAUGUCUAAGAUUGCUCGUCGCAUUUCUAAGAUAGGUCGCAUCUCUAAAAUGAAUCGCGUCUCCAAAAUAAAUCGUGCUUCGACAAAUCGCGCGACGAGAAACACCUCGACGACGGUUGCCGCUUCAACAAACUGCACCAACGCGAAUCGCACCUCGAAGAAUCGUGCUACUGUCCAAACGAAUCAUCCCGCUCCGUCGAAUCCGGUCGAGACACCCAGUCCGAUAGCCCGCAUGCUGCCCAACAAAUGCCAUUGGAAAUGGGCGAGCGGCAGCCGCGUAUCUGGCGGGAACCAAUACUUUACAGCUAUACGACGCGGCAGAGAAACGAUAAACAUAGGCGACAGCGUGCUAUUUUAUUCUUAUCGAAAGCCGCACGAGAAACCUUACAUCGGCAAGAUUGUGUCGCUCUGGUUGAAUCAGAAAUCGGAGAUGAGAGUCAGAUCACAGUGGUUCUAUCGCCCCGAAGAGCUACAGCAGCCCUGCAUUCUGGAUCCUCCGGGUGGCUUGUUCGAAUCAAAGCACAGCGAUUCGAACGACGUGCAGACGAUUUCGCACAAGGUGAAGGUGUUGUCGCUCGAGGAUUAUAACAAAAUACUGCAGGCGUGGCAGAGACAUCAAAAGGGAUACGAAGACAACGAUCGUUAUUACUAUUACGCUGGUUUCUACUCGCAUCCUACAGUGACAUAUGAACCUGGAGUCACGGCUAUUCUACAAGAAUGAGAACAGCUUAAGCUGACGAUUAAGUUAAGCGGGAUUACUUAAUCGCGAUCAGCUAAUGACAACAAUAUUCCGCAAAAUUUUUUUCCUUUUAAAGGAAAAAAGAGAACAAAUGGCUCACGCACUUUGCGUAGAAAAAAAUGAAUUUUCGAAGCAUACGCUGAUAAAAAUGUAGGCGAUAAUAUUUUCUUCUUUCCAUCACAUUUUAUUGCGAGAGCGCUGCUUGGAUGAAAAAUCCACAAGGCACAAGCAUUACUUUAUUCGCGAGAAUACUCAACUAAUUGUCUACCAAUUAAAUCCGAUUAUUAUUCACUCGAUAUCGAUGCGAAAAUAUCUUUGAUCGUCACGAUACGUGAAAGAAGAGAAAAAAAUCGACCUGAUUAAGAAAUAAGACAUAUGUUGUUGCUGAACGUGCACGACAUAUCCAAUAUAAAUUUUGACAAACUUUGUAUCCUGCAAUCUUUUUGACCUUCAUAACAAGCAAUACUUGUGCCUUGUAUUAAAAAAAAAAAAUUAUCAUCGAAAUGCGGUCCGACCGCUGUUCGAUUUUUACGAACUGUCAUUACGCUUAUAUUUUGCGAGCGAGGGAAAGAAGAGAAAAACAGUGGAUCGAUGCAAUAAUCACACCAAGUGGCAUUAAAUGCGGAAGUGAUUGAGAUAAGAAGUUAUUUAGUGUACAUAUUGUAAAUAUGAUUUUAACAACGCGUGUCUAAUAUUUGCGCGCACACGGCUGGCUGACGUAAACCGUGUUACGAAAAAGCGAAUUAGAUUCGAGUUUAUAAUACAGCUUAUAAAUUUUAAGCCGUAAGUUAAUGACCUGAGUAAUAAUAAUGUUGCGAUGCUGACAAACGUUAACCGAAAGGGGGAGUGCACAUACUAUUUUCACGCUCGAAUAGUUAAAUUUUUUUUAUUUUUUUUUUUAACAGCGCACGCAAAUGUACGAUAAUAACAUAGAUUUGCUGAAACCGAAACGAAGGUGAUGUUCGAGUCAUUCCUUGAGGAGAUACUUGUGGAGAAUUUCAUUAGCGAUUUGUCAUUGAACAAACAUGACACGUCGUAUUUCAAUAAUCUAAUCGAUAUCGUAUUUAUGUUUAUAUAAUAGAUGUUUGCGUAGUCUGUGAUGCAGCCAGACAUCUUUGAUCUAGAAAUAAUAACAAAAUUAAUUCUAUCGAAGUAGAAAAAUCAAUUAUGUAAAAAGCACAGCUGAUUGCAAAGUUUGAAAAAUUAUCCGAGUGAUAUGACAAGCUAUUACGCAACGAUAGAAAUAACUGAUGCGUUAAUGCUAAUUAAGGAAAGGUUUUCUUAAUGAAGGAAGAGUUUUCUUAAUAAAGCUUAAUGAAAUGCUAAAGUAUUAAAAAAGGAAAAUUUCGUCAUAUUAUCGUAAUCGAUGACGAUAAAUGAAAAGCUUCUCGAAAAGAUGAGUAAUGGUAUCCGCUAUUUCUUCGAACAAUUAACAUGAUUUGACGAUAUCGAUUUGAUAUUGAAAAAAAAUUUAAAAUUAUAAUCUCUAAUAAUCCGACAACUUUAACUUUGAUUUUCUCCAAAGUAAGCGGAGCUUGAUCCGUGUCACCGUUUUCGUUGGGCAGCGAGCUAUCUAUGUGCUGUGAUGACAUAUAUAAUGUAUUAUUCGUUGUACUAUUAUUUGCCAUGUUAUAGUUUGAAUGCCUCAUGCUUUUACGCGCAUUCAUGCUUCAUCUUGAUUUUUUUAUGUGAAUUUUCUCUUCCUUUAAUGCUCCCAUCAAGUGUUCAAAAUAGACG